AUGGCUUUAAGACCCAAAGGCAACACUCAAAAUGUUUCUGAUCUCGUUAACACUUAUGAGAAUCGUUUCAAUGCCAUUAAGGAUGAUCUCAACAACAUCUCGGAUCAUAGAAAAAGAAACGCUAUCAAAGCCAAUAUGAAAAAUCUUGAACAACUCUCUGCAAGAAUCGCUCCUCAAAUACCAAAUGCAAGCCCUGAAGUCGCUGAUAAAUAUGAUCAGUUAAGCAGUGAAUAUGCCGACAUGAAAGGAGAAAUCGAGGAAAAGCUUGCCCAAUCAGAAUCGCAGCAACAGGGACAAAGUGAAGAACAACAAAAUAAUAACGUAAACGAGCAAGAUGAUGCUGCAAGACAAAGGCAAGAGCAAAUUGAUCGUGAUACGGCAGAAAUGGAACAUUUGAACAGAGAGACUGAGCAAAUUGUUGAAGACAUGAAGGCACUCGAUGAAGCAGCUACUAUCUUAAAUAAUAAAAUUCAAGAUCAGCAUGAACAAAUCAUCCGAAUUGACGAUACAAUUGAAGACGCUCACGAAGAAAUGGUUGAAGGUAAUAAGGACCUUGAGAAAGCUGAAGAACACCAGAAGGCUUCUCAAAAAUGCCUUAUUUAUAUACUUAUUGGUGUCAUUGCAUUUAUUGUUGUAAUUGCAAUCAUUGUUGGUCUUGCUGUUGGUCUUAAGAAGAAGAAAUAA